UACUACAAAUGUCCUCUGCAAGAAACCAAUUUUUUGUUUCUUCUUUCUUUCUCUUUACUUCUUCUUCUUAAUUAUUACUCUCUCACUAUAAUCUCUCUGCAUCUUUGGUUCAGCUUUUUUGUAAUGGCGACUGGAAAAGCUGAUGGAAAAAGGAGGCUAAGUUAUUACGAAAUGGAGGAAGAAGAUGAAGAAGAUGAAGAAGAAGAUGAAGAUGAGGAACAAGAAAUCGAUGCAGAAUUAGGGUUUUCAGGGGAUUUUAAUAAGAAAAAGAAAAUUUUUACUUCUGGGGGUUCUUCUAAUAAAAAAUCCGCAUCUGCCUUCGGUGGAGCUCCUGCGGCGGCGCCACCGCCCCCGUGUCAGGCCGAUAAUUGCAAUGCCGAUCUGUCUUCUUCUAAGCGGUACCACCGCCGUCAUAAGGUCUGUGAGUUUCAUGCUAAAGCUCCCGUGGUUCCGGUGACCGGAAUCGACCAGCGGUUCUGUCAACAAUGUAGCAGAUUUCAUGGCCUACAAGAGUUCGAUGAAACAAAAAGGAGUUGCCGGAAGCGGUUGGCUGGACACAACCAGCGGCGGCGGAAGAGCUCAUCAGAUCUCCAUGGCGAAAGCUCAACCUAGCAAUUAGCAGAAUGAUGAAAGAAGGGGAAUUUUACAUUAGCUCUCUUCAUGUAACUUAGGCCCUUUCCCAAUAAUAAUUUUCUAUUGUUGGCCAAUGCUCUUCCAUUGACCAUUAUUACCAGAUUUGCUUGCUCUCUCUCUUCUGUCAAUCCCGUCUUUUGCUUUUGCUUUGUAGUUUGUACUAGAGACAAUUAGUUGCACGUUUGUUAGGGAGGGUCUUGUGUAUCUCAAACAUUUCCAUCCAUAACCAUUUGUGAAAAUUAUGGAUGAUUAAUCCAUUUGCAAUGUCAAACAAGAUUAUGGGUUGCACUUGAA